CUUAUCACAAAUGCAACCCUGCAAUUUCUGCAGUAGGAUGCAAAUUUUGUUUAUUGCACACAAUUUCUUUGUGCCAACUUCGGCUUUUUCAUAAUUUUAUAAACAACUAUUAACAGUAUUCAAAAGGUUUCAAAAAUUAUAGUAGAAUUUACAAAUUACGUUUGUCCACAACGCACUUGCAGCCAACAAGUAAAAUACAUAACUGCAGUUUAACUUAACCAGAAAAUAUGAACAUUACGCGUAUUCUGGGACAAAAUAAUACAAUUUAUCAAAAGUUUGGCGAUUAUUGCAUUACAGAGGCAGAACCAAAUCGAUGCUGUAUCAUUUGCUGCUUCUGUCAGCAGGAGCAUCACAAUGAGCAGACUUUCUGGACGCACAUACAAGAGAUGCAUGACUAUGCACCAGCACAGCUUUGUGUGAUGCAGGGUAAACCUGAAGCAACUAGUUGCAAUGGAGAACAUAAUGAGAGUCGUUGCACUUCGCCAAUUUGUCUGGACGGUACGGCUGAUGAGAAAAAGUGUAAAACAAAGUCGGCGCAAGUGGUGACAAAUAAUGAACCGAUGUAUGUCAAAGCUGAGUACCUAGAAAAUGUGGUGUUAAAUGAUCCGAAUGCGCUUAUGGAACUAACAGAUAUAGCAAAUACAUUUUUGGACUUCAAAGAAAAGCCAGCCGAAGCGCAGACUGAUGUAGAAACGCCACAUAAAGCUAAUAUGCAGCAAAUUGACAAUAAUGAAUCAGAGAAGAUACUUGAUACCCAACGCAAAAAUGGUAAGCUUAAAACCAACAUAGAUAUCGAUAAGCUCACACCCAAGCAAUUGUUAGAGAAUGGCACACUAUUGAAAAGCAUAUUUCAGCAAAUGCAACGCGCUAAUAAUGAAUUUAAAUAUAAACUCAAUAAGCUAACACAGGCAGUGCAAUUAAUUGAAACCGAAUUGAAGAAAGCACCUGGUAGUCGUAUGCUAAAGCGUUAUAUGAAAAUAAUACCAGAUCAACCCUUUACCAGUCGGGACGAAGUGCUCAUUUUGGAUGAUGAGCUGCACCAUAGCAAAGAGAUGCGUGACGCACUACAUGAGGAAACACUUGCUAUAGCUACCGAGAAUGCUGAUGUAUUCUGUCGUGUACUUUGGCGUUUCAUUAUGACCGAUGAAGUAUCCAAUCAGUUCUGUUGGCGUGGUGUUGUAAACGCGGACAAAAUUGUCAAAUAUCCAAUUAAGGAUAUGACGAUGCUAGAUGUAUUUCAAGGAGUUUUCCGUGAAAAAUUUCCCGAACAGGCGCUCAACGUUUUCAAAGAUCGCACUAUGACCUACUUUAAUAAAGCACAUGAGCGUUUGAAAAGAAAACAAUUAAAUAAAACGGACGUGGAAAAUAAUGGCUGUGAUUUUCUGUGUAUGAAGGAAACGUCAAAUGGUCAAAAUGGCGAUUAUAAACGAGCGCGUAACGAACAAGAAAGUACUGAUAGUGUCGAUUCCGUAUUUGAAGAAGUGUUUAGUGGGUGAAAUCUAAAUUUUCAUAUUGAAAGAAGCAGUAAUUUGC